ACAGGCAGAUAAGGGUCAAACAAGACACUCCUGCAAAUAGCUAGCACUACUGAUUUCCAGAAGUCAAAAUGAUGUAUUUUUGUUUGGUCACUUGGAUUCUUCUCUCUGCAACUGUUGAUGGAUCAGAUGUGACAUUGUCUGGACAGGUUGGAAGAUCUGUGAGGAUCAAGUGUUCUCACAAGUUCGCUGUCAACAACGUCAAGUAUUUCUGCAGGGAUCCAUGUAAAGAAGAUCAGCACAUUUUGAUUAAAUCUGGCCAGCCCCCUACUGGGAAAUACAAACUGAAGGAUUUAGGGAAAGGAGUCUUCACUGUGACCAUCACUGACCUCCAGAAAUCAGACGCUGGAACUUACUGGUGUGGAGUGGAGAGAUAUAUGAAGGACACAUAUCGCAAAGUAGUACUCUCAGUUACAGAUGAAGUGACUUCAGCAGCAGCUCCUGUAAAGACAGUGAGAUCUAGUGAACGCUCCACGUUCACACCACCCACAGUCUCUUUCUCCGCAUCAUCUCCAGCUCAAGAGUCACUCUCCCUGGAACCUACAGGUGAGCAUGCAGGUGUCAUACUGUACACUGCUGCUGGGCUGGUUGCCAUAGUGAUCAUCAUUGGCCUGGGCAUCCUCGCUCUUUAUAAGUUUAAAUGGACAACCAGGAGAUUCAAAUGUUCUGGUUCGUAGACUGUCUACACUGAAGUAAAGAAACCUCGGACUUAAAACAGCCAGCCAAACAGAUCAUCAUCUACUGGGGAAUCACAUGAAGAGACUCUGAAGAACCCGCUGUACAGCACCAGCACCUGAAGGAAGACUAGAUUCUAACUUCUACUGUACAGCCUACUAACAUACUUACUAAUCACUCUGAUAACCUGCUUAUUUAUCAUGCUGCAGGAAUCUUCUCAUGCUUAUGUAGCUUAGAGAUAUCAAGUAUAAUCAGAUAUGCUGAUGUUAAAGCAUCUCAUUUAUGUUUGAGUGUCAAAUGUAGCUCAUAUUAGGGGAAAUGCCCAUAAUAAAUCCAUGUACUUUUUAAACCUACUUGCAUGUUUACUGUAAAAUAUUUAGAAAAAAAAUUGCAGUACAUAAAACUACUGGGAGUCUCAGACAGUAAACAAACAUCUCCUCCUGAACAGAGUGCUGAGGAGCAUAGUGCAUAAGAGUCUCCAACACUCUGCUGACUCAAUAACUGCAGAGUUCCAAACCUCC